UCAUAGCCAGCAGUAGAAAGCAGUGGGCUUAGGUGGGAGGAGCAGCAGUGAGUGCGGAGACCUGUCUUGCUGUCACUUCUCCUCUGCUGUUCUCCUGCCCCAUCAUGUGGGAGGCUCGCUCAUCCUCCUUUUGGAGGGCUAUAUUCGCCGAGUUCUUUGGCACCAUGUUCUAUGUGUUCUUUGGCCUGGGGGCUUCACUUCGCUGGGUCAUUGGCCCCCUUAACAUUCUACAGGUGGCACUGGCCUUCGGUUUGGUGGCCGCCACAAUGGUGCAGUCUCUCGGCCACGUGAGCGGUGCCCACAUCAAUCCAGCAGUCACCAUGGCCUUCUUGCUGGGCUCCCAGCUCUCCCUCUUCCGCGCUGUCUUCUACAUGGUGGCCCAGGUGCUGGGAGGAGUGGCUGGGGCAGCCGUGCUUUAUGGAGUCACGCCACCAGCGCUGCGGGGUAACCUGGCACUCAACACGAUACACCCCAGCGUAAAUGUAGGCCAAGCUACCAUCGUGGAGAUCUUCCUGACCUUACAGUUUGUCCUCUGCAUCUUUGCCACCUAUGAUGAGAGACGCAAUGGGCGCAUGGGGUCUGUGGCGAUGGCUGUGGGAUUCUCUCUCACUCUUGGACACCUUUUCGGGAUAUAUUACACAGGAGCUGGAAUGAAUCCUGCCCGAUCUUUUGCCCCUGCUGUUAUCACCCGCAAUUUCACCAACCACUGGGUGUAUUGGGUCGGACCCAUAAUUGGUGGUGUGAUGGGCGGCUUCUUGUAUGAUUUCAUCCUCUUCCCCCGGAUGCGCGGCAUCUCAGAGCGCCUGUCUAUCCUCAAAGGUGACCGGCCAGCUGAAACCAGUGCUGCCCCAGAACCUCCUGGGGAACCUGUUGAGCUGAAGACACAAGCACUAUAAACAGUGGCCCAGGGCGAUCCAACCACAGCAUACAUACCCCUCCUCUGGGGGGAGAGGGGGCAGAAACAACUGGCCCAGUAUACAGACUGUUAUUGCUCCUGGCCAGAAGGAAGCGAUGUCUUAGGAGACACAGAUCCAAAGGGACAGUUUGUUAUCCAUUCUCUCUCUCUCAGAAAAAACAAACAAACCCAGAACAAUAAAAUGGGGAGAGCGGGUGGGAUUGGGGAGUGGAGGGACAUGUCAUUGCCUGCUUUUUAAAGGAUUUCUUUUGCGGUGAGAAAUUUUGGAAACAGUUUUGUGGGGGAAAGGUAUAGGAGUGCCAAUUCCUCCUGAUCUUCCCUUUUUGAAUUCCUGCAAAAUGCCAGAGUUCCUUCUCUGUGUUUUGUUACUUGUGUAUAGUCCUUAACAAUUAGGUAUUGGGUCUGUGUGUAUGCAUGUGUGGGUGGGGUGGGGGUGAGAGUGAGGGAAGGAGAGAGAGAGAGAGAGAGAAAGAGAGUUACUCUUUUCAGGCAUUCUGUUUCUGGUGCUGGGAGUGCAAGUAGUGGGAGAUGGCCCUUCGUGCCAUCAUCUUAAUAUGCACAUUCACUAUUUUGUCUGAAGAGAGCAAUGUGUGCAUUUUGCAGCUUCAGAACAUGCAAACGUAUACACCCCAAAUCCAGUUUUCAGGUAACAUAUACAAAUAUGCAAAAUGCAUGUGUCACCGUUUUCAGAUAAAAUGGCAAUAAUACUUAUUGAGAUGAUCGUGCAUGGCAUACUGUCCCAGUACGCACAGUUAGAGCGCUUGCCUUUGCAGCAUCUGAGAAGGGCCAAUAAAAGAAAGCUUCAAACAGCAUCUGUUCCUCUUCCCAGUAAAGUCACCUUCUGCAUCUCAGGGUACAUCUAAAUAAUAUAUGUGAUGCAAGCCAGGUCAGAUGUUCUCCCCAAUUCAUCUCACAGUCACAUAUACUUUCGGGGAUUCACCUUAAAGAACUGCUUUGUCACUCAAGCAUGGCUUGGAGCAACAUGGUGGAGGAGUGGCUUCCAUCUUUGUUUUCUCUAGUUGAUUUGGCUGUAGGCCUCCAGAGUGGCCAUACAGGGACUGUUUAAAGGCACCCUCAGUGCUCUGAGGUCUGCUGAUGAGUUGUGUCCUUCUGCUAGCUGUGUUGAGCGCAGACUUGAAAGACCACAGCGCUCCACCACGCAUUGUAAUUGUUCUCUUUCAUCUCUCUCUCUGGACCAAAUAACCGGACCCCUCUUCUCUGUGGGCUGUUCUUGCCCUGUAUAGAGGCCUAGCUCCAGAUUCUUGGGAGUAGCAAAAGUGAAAAGGAGGUGUAUCCCAUUCCUUCCUAAUUCCAGUAAGCAGCUACCUUAUGUAUGUAUUCCACGUAAUUCAGAGUGAUAGAAGGAAGGGAGAAAAGGGGAACCGUGUGAAUGCCUCCAUAUGGAAGAAUACGAGUUUUUGCAUGCUUGUUUACUUGUAUGCGUACACACACAUAUGAGCCUGUAAGAAACAUAUACUAGGAAGAGUGACAGACAUCCUGGGGGUUGGUUCUCUGGGCAAUGUAAAAUUGACACUAUUUUCUUCACCCUGCCUCCUCAAAAAGAGGAGGAUUUUCAUUCCAUGUCUGGAGUUGAAAGUCAGCUCUUUAGUGACUGCUUUUUUUCACCCUAGGAUGGGAAGAUUAGGGCAAUAGAGUUCACUGUUUAGGAACUGGAGGAUCUUGUGGAGAGACGUGGUGUCUGAUCAGUAACAGUAAAGCUUUUGAAUCCA